ACCUCCUAGGGCGGAGCUCCACGGGCUAGGCGGCGAGCGGGGCGCUGCAGGCGGGCGUGGCGGCUGCUGCCAUGGACUGGUGAUCGCGGCGGCUACUGCUCGUGUCUCCCCUGGCCGGGCGGCUGCUUCUCACCGCCAACCCCUCAGCCGGGGCCAUGGGCUCGUCGGCGGCCGCGGCGGCUGCGGCGGCGGCGGCCGCGGACUCGGCGCAGUGGCUCUCGGUGAAGGAGGAGACCAUCUUCCUGCACGACGGGCUGAUUCGGGUCACCGACCUGGCCGAGCUGCCCAGCGAGAUUCUCGGGGCCCCGGAGGCCGCCGACACCGACUUGGAGAUUUUAACAUUUGAGACCAAGAAUCCGACAGAAUUAGCAGAACGUUUGCGCUCUGUUUGUGGGAAUCAGAGCAAUGCGUAUGCCCGCCUGCUGGAAUAUCGCCUGAAUGCCUUGAGAGGACUGUGGAAUGCCCAGCGCCAGCUGGCCUUGGAAGAACAGCAUGAAAGGGAAAGUUCGGGUGACGAAGAAACUUUGGCCCUGCUCAAACGCCAGGGCUUGUUGCAGCAACCCGAGCAAGCUCCCUUCACGUCGAGGAUGGGGCUUCUGCUGGUCUUCCCCCUUAUUCAGUCCCAGAGUAGAACAGACCCCUCUCUCUGUAACAUAACUGCUGAGGUGCUAUUGAACUGCCUUCGCGACUGCCAGCCUUUGAGCUUGACCAAGGAGCCUGCUGACUGUCUGAAUGGAAUCGAGACUUUGCUGUGCUCUUGGCUAGAGGAGACUUCUGACACAGGCCGACACAUCCCACAUAAGCAAAAAGAAAAUGCUGCUGCUGCCCUGGUGGCUUUGGCAUGUGCCAGGGGAUCAUUGAAAACUUUUGUUCAUACAGUCCAUCUAUUACAGAAACAGACAGAUCUAGGGUCCCUGCCUGUAGCCGAUGUGCUGUAUAGGCUGUUGCUUUUGGAAGGGGGACCUGGAUCCCCCUCCUGUUUGCUUGGUGGCAAACACAUAGUAUCAUGGGGGUAUGAAGACAUGUUGCCUGCACCAGAUAGCAACACUGGCUCCAGUUCUGAAAAUAAAGAUGCUGACUUGGGACGCUGUGUCACGGCAGAUGGUCUUUACCUGUAUACUACUAACUCAGUUGGAAGAGGAGUAAGCAAAUUGGGGUCUGGAUUACAUGGUACUCUCAGAGGUUUUGUGUACUGCCGGAAUGAGGAGCUGGAACCAGGAUGGAUUGCUUUUGGCAGUGGCAGUCUUCUCCACCGGCCUGUAUCUUUUGACAAUAAACCUCACUCUCUUUUCCAGGUCAUUGACCAGAAUACCCUUCAGGUGUGCCAGAUGGUGCCAAUGCCAGCCAAUCACCUCCCUGUGGGCAGCACUAUGAGCACCGUGCACCUUUCUUCAGAUGGUACUUACUUCUAUUGGAUCUGGUCUCCUGCCAGUUUGAAUGAGAAAACACCUAAGGGACAUUCUGUCUUCAUGGACAUUUUUGAACUUGUGGUUGAAAAUGGUGUAUUUGUAGCCAGCCCGCUUCAGGAACGCACAAUUCUAAUGAGAAAAGAGGGUGAGUCUGCAAAAAGCAUUAAUGAGAUGCUUCUGAGCAGACUUUCACGCUACCGAGCCUCGCCAUCCGCAACGCUGGCUGCCCUUACCGGCUCCACCAUCUCCAACACCCUGAAAGAGGACCAGGCAGCAAAUACUAGCUGUGGGCUUCCUCUAAAAAUGCUUCGGAAGACGCCCAUUUACACCUGUGGUACAUACUUGGUGAUGCUGGUCCCACCUCCAGGGGGAUCAGGCAGCUCUGCUACCCGGUCUCUUUUUGGUGGAACAAGUGGUUUGUCGUCUUUAAAAAUCCUAGCUUCUAGCUUGGUGUAUAAUAUUUCGGAUGGUCAAUUCACAAGUCGGGCUGAUCUCAUAGAUGCUGCUGGAAGCUCAUUGGGGCGUGGUGCUCUUGUACCAGGAUUGGGUGCCUGUUACGAUACAGUGAACAACAUGCUGUGGACAUGCUCGAAUGACUAUAUCGAUCAAUGGUGUAAUCCUGGGAAUCAGGCCUUCCAUUACGUCUGUCAGAGACUUGGAGUCAGCCAUAUCAUCACUGAGCCGAAAGAAGAGGCUAUAACCACGAAUGAGGUUAUAAACCAAUUAUUGCACCACGUUGGUGCGAUGUGCAUACACCAACUCAAUCUUCUUGCUACCAACCCCAAUCUUCCAAUCACAAGUGUCUUGGGCAAGCAGCAUCCAAUUGAAGCACACCAUCUUAGCAGUAUUUGUGACAUUAUGGAGAAGGCCAUGGUUAAUGGAGACACCUGUAUCAUACGCUGCAUUCUCGUUGUCUUUCAGGUGGUGUUUAAAUUUUUCUUCAGCCCACAAACUGAAAGGAAUCGAGACAUCAUUCGACGGUCGGGGUUGCUUCUUUGGCAGUUGUUGAUGGCACCAAAAGAUCAAAUUUGUCCUGAAAUUCAGAAGGAAGUCUGCCUUGCCAUCAGCUCUGGUUUAAAUAUCUUGUACCCAGGUGAAACUGAAAUCAAUAACUUACUUAAACUGGUCUUAACAGAAGGAGAGAGAAACAGCGGCCUCUCCCAGCUGCGGGAUGUGAUCCUAACCAAUUUAGCUGAACAGCUUCAAAACAACCGAUUUGGCAGUGAGGAGGAUGAUCAUUACAGACUAAAUGACGAACUUUUACACUACAUUCUGAAGAUUGUUGUACGAGAAUCCUGUAUCUUAAUCACCAAGUGCCAAACUGUCUCUAAAGAUGAUUUUCAAAAACUCCUUUCAACUGUGCCUGCUGCAUCCUCCUGCCUGCGCUAUCUGAUGGCAGUUCAGAACCACCUUCUCAGUAACACUGUUUUGAUUAAACCUGAUGAGAAUGAUGACAGUGACAACUCCUUGCAGGGAGAGACAUUGAAGGUACAGGAGCUAAAGGUCAGUAUUUUGGCUCUUGCCACCCAAAUCCUGACUGGAUGUGAUGAAGUGUUGGAAAUGCUACAGCAGGUCACAACUGCCCUCAUAAAUAGUGACAUAGCUGACCGGGAGCAGAGGUUAAAAGGCUUGGAACAAGUUACUAAGGCUACUAUGCUCGGUCACCUUCUUCCUGUGUUACUGACCUCCCUGAUGCAUCCAAAUUUACAGACUCUGACCAUGGCCGAUGCCCUGAUGCCUCAGCUAGUGCAGCUGGUACUUUAUACCAGUCAGACGGCUUUGUUGCUCAAAACUCAGUGUCCGGUUUUUGCUGAGGUGGGCUGUUCCCCAUGUGGUGCAUCAGACCAGAAGGGCAGGCUGUUCCCUGAUGAGAGAAUGCUGGAAGAGAAGGAAGAGCCAGGGUUUCUCACUGGUUUAAAGAUUCCUGCUCCAUGGGCUGCUGGGAAGACGGUGGAAACAGUCCAUCCUGUCAGAGACAACUAUAAAUUUAAAGAAACUGUCCAUAUCCCUGGAGCUCGCUGCCUGUACCUUAGAUUCGAUAGCAGAUGCUCUUCACAAUAUGACUAUGACAAAUCUAACAGUAUAUUUUCUGUUUUGAAGUUGGUGAUAUAUGCGGGGCCUAACACAAACAGUAGGAAGGUUGCUGAGUAUGGAGGCAACACUCUGGGAUAUGGCAGCCGUAGUGUCUUAGGAACUGGUUGGCCGAAAGACUUGGUGAAGGUGGAAGGAGAUACAGUCACCUUCUCCUUUGAAAUGAGAAGUGGCCGUGAACACAACACUCCCGAUAAAGCUAUGUGGGGCUUUGCUUGCACAGUUCGUGCUCAGGAGUCUUCAGAGGAUGUGUCGGGAGGCUUACCUUUUCUGGUAGACCUGGCUUUAGGUCUGUCUGUGUUAGCUUGUUCUAUGUUAAGAAUCCUAUACAACGGACCAGAAAUUACCAAAGAAGAAGAAGCCUGUCAAGAGCUGCUGCGGUCCAAACUUUUACAAAGGUGCCAGUGGCAGGUGGAGGCCAAUGGUGUGAUCUCCCCUGCCCUUACUCCAAGCCCGUCUCCUCUGCCUCUGACCAUCGAGGAAGACAGAGAAUUCACUUACCCCUCUGACAUCCUCGUGCCUCCUGUUGGAAACUACUUUGACCUGCCCCGGAUCAGGCUGCCUCCAGGAAUCAUGAUAAAGCUCAGGGAAAUUUCUGGGCGUGCCAGACCUCAAUUUAGGCCAAGUAUAAAAGAAGUAAUCCAGCCAGACGUGAUGGAGGAAAUGGUGGUAUCAUGUGUCAUUAAGCACUUGAACUUGGUUGAUGCACUGCAGUCCCUAAUAAAUUUCCAGUAUCAAGAAGAACAUGCUGAGGAAUAUGAUUUAUUGUGUAAAAUCAUGGGAGAGACAUUUAAGAAACUCAAUGCCAUGGAGAGACAGCUGCAGAGUGUUGCAGAAUUGGAACAGAAAUGGCAAAGUGAGGUUGAUGAUGCCACGCAGGGGAAACUGGAGAACAACAUGCCUUUCUUCUAUGAUUACCAUUUUAAUGAGAACAAAAUGAAAGAACUAGAACUUUUGUGUUCCAUGAAGGAAGUCUCCUUUGAUGGAAAUGAUCUUGAAAACAUGGUCCUAUCUCUGAGGGAGAAGUUCCUACAAGAAGUGAAUUCUCUUAUUCAGAAACCCUCGCACCCACUGGCUAAAACGAAGACGUUAGUGAAGAGUCUAAUGAACCGAGCUGAGCUGUUGCUGCACGUCACCAUUGCGGCCCAGUCCGGCCUCACAAGAAGCAUCUCAGGGACCCCCGCAGAAACACCGGCUUGUAAAUCAGCCUCUGAAACAAAGGUGAUAUCUCAUGCUGUGAGGCAGCCUGUUUUUCUUCGCAGCAUGUCGGCUCCUUCUGACCUGGAAAUGAUUGGUAACGAAGAUUUGGAAUUUACUAGAGCAAAUCAGAGGCGGCGCCACGUGACCAGCCACCGCAGCAGCUCCUUCACGCUCUUGCAGUCAUUGGCCAUCGAGGACAGCAGGGACAAGCCCACCUACAGCGUCCUGCUGGGGCAGCUGUUUGCUUUCAUCGGCACCAGCCCUGACCAAGCUGUGUCCAGCAGCAGCUUUCUUUUGGCUGCGCAGACAAGGUGGCGGCGGGGAAACACUCGCAAGCAGGCGCUGGUGCACAUGCGGGAAUUGCUGACGGCUGCCGUGCGAGUCGGAGGAGUGACACAUCUUGUGGGUCCGGUGACUAUGGUCCUUCAGGGAGGACCCAGAAUUGAAGAACUAACCUGUGGUGGGAUGGUCGAGCAGGUCCAGGAAGCCUUCGGUGAGACCAUGACCUCUGUUGUGUCUUUGUGCGCCCGUUACCCUAUUGCUUGUGCGAAUAGCAUCGGACUCUUAUGUACUAUACCUUACACCAGGAGUGAAGAGAAGUGCCUGGUGCGCAGUGGCCUUGUUCAGCUCAUGGAUCGACUGUGUAGCUUGAGCAGUCAGACUGAGUCCAGCUCCAGUGAGAAGCAAACCAAGAAGCAGAAGGUGGCCACCAUGGCCUGGGCAGCCUUCCAGGUGCUUGCCAACCGCUGUGUUGAAUGGGAAAAAGAAGAAGGCGGCUCCACAGAGGCUGUGCACUCAGGUCUGGCCCGUCAGGUGUCCAGCCUUCUCACUAACCACCUCGCCCGAGCGACGGAGAGCUGCGGCAACCAGGCUGCCGGGAACGAUGCCCUCCAGGACGUCCUGAGUCUUCUCAAUGACCUCUCGAGGAGUCACAUAGGUAAAGCCAUCCUGAGCCAGCCAGCUUGUGUGUCCAAACUCCUCUCCCUGCUGCUUGACCAACGCCCGUCCCCAAAGCUGGUCCUUAUCAUUCUUCAGCUGUGCCGGGCAGCACUCCCGCUGAUGAGCGUAGAAGACUGUGGGAAUGUGGAGCUCCCACCCUGGAGCUACUCUGUCCCCUCCCUAAACAGCGAGCAAGAGGAUCCCAGUGACCCAGCGUCCAAGAUCGCCUCGUUGCUCUUAGCAAAGCUAGCAGAUUAUGUGGUCCCAGGAUGUCAGACAGUCCUUUCUCCAACCGCUUCCGAACCUGACACCACGUUGACAAAAACCAGCCCCAAGAGUUCCUUAAAAGGAGAUAAAGACCCUGGAGAAGAGAGUGAAGCAGUGGAUGGCAAGCUCUCUAUCUUUAUCCACAAGCGGGAAGACCAGUCAUCCCAUGAAGUUCUCCAACCAUUACUAAGUAGCUCAGAAGGACGGCCCUUCCGACUUGGUACUGGUGCCAACAUGGAGAAAGUCGUGAAAAUGGACCGCGACAUGACAAAGGGUGGCUGCUGCGAGGUGAUUACAGAAGAGGCGGCAGCUGCUCUGCGAAAAGCAACCAAGUGGGCACAGUCUGGCCUCAUCGUCAGCGUCGGGCCACCCGUGGAAUCGCUCAACCCGGAGACUGUGAGUGGACUGUCCACAGGGGACAAGAAGAAAACCGCCCAAACUUCCAUUUGCCGAGAGAGGAACUCUGAACUUGCCAGGACCGACCCUGUCCGACCUUUCAUCAGUGGGCAUGUAGCAAACAGCAUGGCUGCAGAAGUGAUCGCCUUGCUUCACAGCUUGCUGAUGGCGCCUGAAUCAAAUGCUGCUCAGAUAUGGACCACGACAGCAGAGAAGGUUCUGUCUCGUGCGCUGAUGUACAUUCCACAAUUGGGGAAAUAUGCAGAAAGCAUUCUGGAAAAUGGCAGCAGUAGUGGCAGAAAACUCGCCAAACUUCAGAGAAUCGCCCGCCAGGCUGUCGCUGCACUGUGUGCACUUGGAGGCUUCAAAGAGACAAUCAAGAUAGGGUCUGAGGUUCAGGUUUUAGGUAGAGGAAUAUCAGGAAGUGUCGGAGUAGUGGCUUCUAUCAAUGAACAGGAAGGUAUAGCUACAGUCAAAUUCCCACCCAUAGACUGUAGAAAGACGUCGCAAGCAUCAGACACACUGACUAUUCCAUUGUCUAGACUUUGUGUUCCAAGAUCAGAGGCAUUGCCUCUUCAUAAACUGUCCAUUACUGAGAAGGUAGUACAGGCAGUCCAGUCCAUGUUGCUUCCUCAGGAGGGAAGUCUCUCUAUUCAUACCUCACUUCCUGCAACAGGAGAUGGGUCAGCUCCUGUGAUGGCAGUCGUUCGGCUCCUGGCUGAAAUAAGAACAAGAGCAUGCCUGGUCAUGGCCCAGCUUUUAGAAGACAGCUUAUUUUGUGAAGAAUUCAUACAGCAGUGUCCAGCAGCUGUUGAAGUUCUCAACCUUGUAGCCCAGGAAUGCAGUGCUGGAGAGCGACUGGCAGUUGUGGAAGUGCAGUGUGAACGGCUGAGGAUGCUCUACCGGGACUGUGCUCGGCCCCCGCCACCUCCGCUGCAGGCUGACCGGAGACAGCCCAAAGAGAUUACGUGGAGCCCCUCACGAGUGUUUCCACCUGUCCGAGCCUGCAUGUUCUCAUCACACCUCACUUCCGUCACCUUCCUGGCUGACCCCAGCGCUGGGGGCGGUCUGCCCCGGGGCACAUUUAUCUAUGCCACCUCACCACUGCCCAUUCAGGCCCCAUCUUUCUACUGGGAAAUUGAAAUUGUUUCCUAUGGAGAUAGUGAUGAUGACACUGGACCAAUAGUUUCCUUUGGCUUUGCUACAGAAGCAGAGAAAAGAGACGGGGCUUGGACUAAUCCAGUGGGCACUUGUCUUUUCCAUAACAAUGGCCGAGCCGUGCACUACAACGGCUCCAGUUUAUUACAGUGGAAGAGCGUUCGCUUAGACGUGACUCUCUCUCCUGGUGACGUGGCAGGAAUUGGCUGGGAGAGAACUGAGGGAACGCCUCCUCCUCCAGGGCAGCCAGCCAAGGGCCGAGUGUACUUCACAUACUGCGGGCAGCGCCUCUCACCGUAUCUUGAAGAUGUUUCGGGUGGGAUGUGGCCUGUGGUUCACAUUCAGAAAAAGAACACCAAGACGCGAGCUAACUUUGGCUCCCGCCCAUUUGCCUAUGCUGAAGGGCAGGCCCACCGCAACGCAGCCGACCUGUGCACCGACCUGGCAGAGGAGAUCAGCGCUAACUUCGAGGCCCUGCCCUUUGCCAUGGCUUCUGACAGUGACAACGAUGCUGGCACCAGUAUUGCAUCAGACCCGGGCACUCACGGGCCACCGUGCCGGAUUGCUGCUGUGGCCACUGCUCAGCAACAAUAUGAUAGUGACACUUCCUGUCAUUAUAAAGUAGAGCUCAGCUAUGAGAAUUUCAUCACCUCUGGCCCAGACCCCCAUCCGCCCCCCAUUGCAGAUGACGAAAGUGAUGACGAUGAUGACGAUGACAUCCCGCAGGAGGACCACUAUGCUCUACUGGUGAAAGCGUGGGAGACCAAGGUUUUUCCUACUAUCCGAAGACGCUUCCGCAAUGAAGCAGAGCGGAAAUCGGGCCUGGACCAGAUAAAGGGUGCUUUACAACUAGGCAUGGUGGAUAUUGCCCGGCAGACGGUUGAAUUCCUCUACGAGGAGAACGGUGGCAUCCCAAGAGACCUUUAUCUUCCCACCAUUGAAGACAUUAAGGACGAAGCAAACAAGUUCACAAUUGAUAAAGUUCGAAAAGGUCUCACGGUAGUAACCCGCUCUCCAGACAGCAAUAACGUAGCCAGCAGUACUGUUGGAACUGCCCUGCCAAAAUUUGCCAUCCGAGGGAUGCUGAAAACCUUUGGGCUUCAUGGAGUUGUCCUAGAUGUUGAUUCAGUAAAUGAAUUGGUGCAGGUAGAAACGUACCUCCGAAGCGAAGGUGUGCUGGUCCGAUACUGGUAUCCUAUUGAUAUGUUGGAAAGGCCCCCAGCAGGCUACCGAAGGACUGCCACCAAUGGGCUGGUCACCCUGGACAAUACCAACCUUCAAAUUCACAGGGAGCUGCUGCGCUGCGAGGCCGCACUGGCCAGGCUGUACUGCCGCAUGGCCCUGCUCAACAUCUUCGCCCCCAGGCUGCCUCACCUGUUUACCCGCCUCUUCCACAUCCCUGCCAUCCGGGACAUUACCCUGGAGCACCUGCAGCUGCUGUCCAAUCAGCUCCUCGCUCCUCCCCUCCCAGACGGCACCAUCAGCUCCAGCUCCAUCCUCCUCGCACAGUCGCUGCAACACUGCAUCCAUUCCCAGAACUGCUCGGCCACGGACCUCUUCUACCAGGGCAGCUCCCAGACAGUGAGAGAGUGGCUCAACGUGGCCAUCACUCGGACCCUGCACCAGGGUGAGGAGAGCCUGUUGGAGCUGACGAAACAGAUCUGCUGUUUCCUGCAGACGGCACCAGAGCAGUUCCCCUCCGAAGAGUUUCCAAUUUCUGAGUCCAAGGUCAACAUGGACGUCAAUUUCCCCGGGGCGGCUUUCGUCGUGGUAUCUUGCAAAGAAAGUCAGUCUGGAUUCCGCAAAGACUCCUCUCUGUACAAGGCGCCGUGGGCGCGCGUGCUCGUGUACGGGCUGGGCCACAAAGUGAAGCGAAACGGCCAGCUAAACCUCAUCGAGGCCAUCUGUUACCCACGGGAUGCGUCUCCGGCCAACACGGGGCUCACGCCGCCUCCCACCACCAACCAGUACCCUUCUGUGAUCCUCUCCACAGACAAAGUCCACAUCAAACUGGGGGUGUCUCCCCCUCCUGGAGCCGUGCUGGUGUUACACUCUCUGCCCCUUGAGUUCCCACUGGCGAUGGCCUUCGCAGAGCAGCUGCUGUCCUGGAAGUCAGAGGACGGUGAAGGGAGAUCUGAAGACGAGCCUGACACCAUCCCAACGUCCGUCCUCCUGCAAGUGGUGGAACUGCUUGGAAACUUCCUGUGGACCACGGACAUGGCGGCCUGCGUGAAAGAGCUGGUUUUCCACCUCCUGGCAGAGCUCCUGCGCACAGUGCACAGCCUGGAGCAGAGGAAGCACCCUGCUGGCCUGUCCUCGUCCAUCGCCCUCCAGCUGAACCCCUGCCUGGCCAUGCUGAUGGCCCUACAGUCUGAGCUCCACAAGCUGUACGACGAGGAGACGCAGAGCUGGGUCUCGGGCAGCACGUGCGGAGGCUCGGGGACCGUGGUGGCCACCGACCAGGGCAGGUUCUCUACGUAUUUCCACGCACUCAUGGAAGGGUGCCUGGCGGUGGCCGAGGUGACCCUGCCUACCAACAUGAGCGUCACUGCCAGCGGGGUGACGUCGGCGACCGCCCCAAACCUCAGCGACUCGUCGUCCUCCUCGUCGUCCUCCCCAGGACAGACGCCGCAGAGCCCCAGCCUCCUGUCCAAGAGGAAGAAAGUCAAGAUGAAGCGGGAAAAGGCCUCCUCCUCUGGGAAGCGCCAGUCCUCGCGCUCAGUGGAUUCGGACCCCGCCGUGCUGAGCAUCGGGGGUGGCAAGCCCGAAGACAUGCUGUGGUUCCAUCGCGCCCUGACCUUGCUCAUCAUCCUCCGGCACCUCACCAGGAAGGACCCGCAGGGGCUGGGUGUGACGAGCGACGCCAUCGCCGACGCCUGCCAGGCCCUGGUGGGUCCCACCGCCCAUAGCCGCUUGCUGGUGAUCUCUGGGAUCCCCACCCACCUGGACGAGGGCAUCGUCAGAGGCGCCAUCCGCAAGGCCUGCAACGCCCACGGCGGGGUCUUCAAAGACGAGAUCUACAUCCCCCUGCAGGACGAAGACCCCAAGAAGCCAAAAGACAAGGCCGAGGGCGGUGAUGGGAAAGCCGAGCCAGAGAAGACCCUUGGCUUCCCCAGCACAGACAGCUUGGAGGUCAGCACGUCCCGCAGCCCGACCCCCGCCAUGAGCAUCAGCACGUCUGCGUCCACCAGCCAAGCCUCCAUCUGCAGCUCCCAGGGCAUCUUGCAGACGGUCAGCGAUGUCUCCGUGGAACCGCUACCCUCAGGCCUCGAGCUGCCCAUCCCUGCGGGCUUAUUGGAGCCCCACGUAGUGUCCAGCCAGGAGAGCCUGGACGUUUCCCUCUGCAGCACCAGCAGCCUGGGCAGCCUCGGGAGCCUGGGGGAGCCACUGGACAACGCAGAAACGGCCUCAGUGUCAGACAUGGGCUCCACGUACACAGUCACGUCCCUGGACAACCAGCCCCUCGCAGCACGCCCCAUCAAAGGCUUCGCGGUCGUGGAGAUUAGAUCCCGAGCCAAAAUCGAGAAAAUCCGAGCAAGUUUAUUUAACAAUAAUGACUUGAUUGGUUUGUCAAGUUUGGAUGGUGAAGAUGAAUUGAUGGAAAUGUCAACGGAAGAGAUCCUCACUGUGUCUGUAGUAAAUCAGAGUUUGUUUGAUACGCAGGGGAGCCCAGGGUUAGAAGAUUAUUUCAAUGAUAAGUCAAUUAAAGGUGAGAAGCUGGUGCCCGGGGCCAGAGAGGUGCUGACGGAGAUAUUUAAGAGCUGCGCCCACUCAGAGCAGAUGCUGAGCCUGACACCAGCAAAGCCCAUCAAAGUGUCUGACAUUUAUCUCAGCAAAGAGCAGAUCAACUCCCAGACGCCAGGCAACCUCCUCCACCUCUUCUUCACCAAUGUUCGGCCCCCCAAAAAGGUGCUGGAGGACCAGCUCACCCAGAUCCUGAGGAAGUACGGCGUGCCAAAACCCAAGUUCGACAAGAGCAAGUACAGCAAGGCUGGGAAGGAACAGCACCCCGGGAAGGUGGUGAGCACCAAGCGGCCCAUCACCAAGCCGCCCGCCAAGGACAAGGCCGCGCUCAACAGCGUCAGCAGGAGUGCCUUGAGCGAGAAGAAGCCCACUGUGAAGCCAAAGUCACCGGAAAAGAGCAAGCCAGACGAAAAGGACCCAGAAAAGUCACCCACCAAAAAACAAGAAGUCCCUGAGGAAAAGUACCUGACAUUGGAAGGAUUUCACAAGUUUGUUAUUGACCGAGCCAAGCAAGACAUCCGUAGUGUCUGGAGGGCGAUUUUAUCCUGUGGUUAUGAUCUUCAUUUUGAGAGGUGUGCCUGCAUCGACGUCCGGCACGCACACAAGGCCUCCAGGAAGUGGACCCUGGAGAUGGACGUGGCGCUCGUGCAGUACAUCAACCGGCUGUGCCGCCACCUGGCCAUCACGCCCGCGCGGCUGCAUCCCCACGAGGUGUAUCUGGAGACCACAGAUGCCGCCGACCCCAGAGUGGCCUGUCUCUUGAAUGUGCCCAUUGAGAGCCUGCGCCUGCGCUUCGCCCUGCUGCAGUCCCUGAACACCACGCUCGAGACCUUCUUCCUGCCACUCGUGGAGCUGCGCCAGACGCCCAUGUACACGCACAGCAUCGCGGCCCUGCUGAAGGAGGCCAAAGGGCUGAUCUUUUAUGAUACGAAGGUGACCGUCAUGAAUCGGGUGCUGAACGCCACAGUGCAGAGGACGGCUGACCAUGCGGCACCGGAGAUUACUCUGGACCCACUGGAGAUCGUGGGAGGGGAGAUCAGAGCCUCUGAAAACUCCUACUUCUGCCAGGCGGCCAGGCAGCUGGCCUCGGUGCCAUCCUCCCAGCUUUGCGUCAGACUGGCGAGUGGCGGUGACCCCACCUAUGCCUUCAACAUCCGCUUCACUGGGGAGGAGGUCCAUGGCACCAGUGGCUCCUUCCGCCACUUCCUGUGGCAGGUGUGUAAAGAGCUGCAGAGCUCCGCACUCUCCCUUCUCCUGCUGUGCCCCAGCUCAGCCGUCAACAAGAACAAGGGCCAGUACAUCCUGAGCCCAAGCCCCAUCAGCUACGGGGAGGAGCAGCUGCUGCACUUCCUGGGCCAGUUGCUGGGAAUUGCGAUUCGAGCAGAUGUCCCUCUUCCCCUGGACCUCCUACCCUCCUUCUGGAAGACGCUGGUGGGUGAGCCCCUGGACCCUGACCAAGACCUGCAGGAAGCAGACAUACUCACCUACAAUUAUGUCAAGAAAUUCGAGAGUAUCAACGAUGAGAGCGAGCUGGAGGCCCUGUGCGCCGAGAUUGCCUCCCAGCACCUGGCCAUCGAGAGCCCCGACGGGCCCAGUAAGCCCUGCUGCCGGUUCACCUACCUGACCAUGGCGGGCGAGGAGGUGGAGCUGUGCAGCCGCGGCCGGCACAUCCCUGUGGCGUGGGAGAACAAGGACAUCUACGCAGCAGCCAUCCGGAGCCUGCGGCUGCGGGAGCUGCAGAACGUCGAGUGUGUGACAGCCGUGCGCGCGGGCCUCGGCGCCAUCAUCCCCCUGCAGCUGCUCACCACGCUCAGCCCGCUGGAGAUGGAGCUGCGGACGUGCGGCCUCCCUUACAUCAACCUCGAGUUCCUGAAGGCCCACACCAUGUACCAGGUGGGCCUGAUGGAGACGGACCAGCACAUCGAGUUCUUCUGGGGGGCACUGGAGAUGUUUGCCCAGGAGGAGCUGUGCAAGUUCAUCAAGUUUGCCUGCAACCAAGAACGCAUCCCAUUCACCUGCCCCUGCAAAGACGGGGGCCCCGACACAGCCCAUGUGCCCCCAUACCCCAUGAAGAUCGCCCCCCCGGAUGGCACAGCAGGUUCCCCAGACUCUCGCUACAUCCGAGUGGAGACCUGCAUGUUCAUGAUCAAGCUUCCCCAGUACUCCUCUCUGGAAAUCAUGCUGGAGAAACUUCGUUGUGCCAUUCACUAUCGCGAAGACCCCCUGAGUGGCUGAGGAGAGGGAGCCCGAGUUAGGCUGUCACCAAGGCACCGCUCUGCUGGCUUAGGAAGCCUGCCACUGCGGGCACAUCCCUCCGGGGCCCUGCGUGAGGAGUUGGCAACAUUUUGCUUUUCCGAACCUUUGUCCACAUUCCAGGACCUCCUGGAAGACUUAACCUUAUGUAUGUGUACGUUUCGUGAUGGGUUGGUUCUUUUGCUACCUAUUUGUGGUAUGUUUGUAGGAUAGUUUAGUUCCCAGACAGCUCCUGUCUCAUUUGAUCUUCCUGGACAUGUUCCUCCGUGGCCACCAGG